AUGGGAGGCUGGCAACUCAUCUUGGAACUGCCCUGCUUCAAGAUCGAGGAGGAUACGGUGCGAAACCUUCUGUUCGAACUCUCCCAGUCCUAUUUCUUUAAGGACCAGGAUCCGCUUCUGGUCCUGGACUGCAUCUUGGACUUGGAGAAGGAAGCGGAACAGAUGAGGAUCGGAUCUGCUUUGCAGGAAGAAAUUCGAAGGAUCGCCAGCAAGAGCGUCCGUGAUGCGCAAGAGGCUUCGGAGUCAGACAUCGACUCCAACCUGCUACAGCUUCUCUUUGACACCCCAACAAGGCUGCGCUAUUACGUCAUCGAAAACUUCAUCAACCUGCGUUCUGCUGCCCAAGGCUUGAGGCAACUGCUGGUGAACUUCAGCAUCUGGAAAUUGCUGCUGAGUAAAAAGUGGCUCCAAGCACCAGGCAUCCGUGAGCUGCCGUUGUACAACACCCAGCAGGCGGGCAUGAGGAUGUUGACCGAGUCAGCCCAAAAACUUGACAAGGGCACCAUCAAUUUGGAAGCCCUGCACACAAUCAUCAAAUAUCGGGACAAGUACGAGCCGCUGGUUGAGCAGGUGGCAACACGGCCCACGGCCAUUCCUGAGAGUAGUCAGAAGCUCACCCAAUUCGACACGGAGUACAAGCAGCUGAGGCAAUACUUAGUUCGGUUCUGCCAGCCGGCGCACAUCGAGGCUGCAGAGCUGGAGCGAGUGGUGGAAGGGAUUAGCAGGGACUACGAAUCUAUGGAGUUGAACGUGGCAGCGGGUAAGUUCACAGGUUUAAAGGUGAGAGCGCACCUGGCCUGGCUCUACCAGCUGAAUUCCUCCACCGUCUUCUCGGGCAUCUGGAUGCAAACCGCCCGGCCAGAGGGUGGAAAUUCAGAGAGGAAAAUCGAGCAGGAAGAGGUGGUGAAUAGCAUCAUUCCGGCUGCCAGGAAGACUUGGGAGGACCUCGCGAAAAGCAUCGAAACGGGGCAAGCCAUUCUGAAGGACAUCAAAUGGGUUGUGGAGUCUACCAUGGCUCAAGUGGUUUAUGAAUUGAAGCUCUUGGAAACCACUGCGCCCAAGAGCAAGGCCUGGGUGGUGGAGGCCACGGAGCUGUGUAAGUCUAUGCGCCUCGCCGCCAAGCUGCGGCUCUGGGCACCCAGUAUGCUUCACCUCCGCAACCAGAGCUUGUCCGAAAUUUUCAAGGAGAAUCACAAGGAUGAGUGUGUUGAGAUCCUGAACCAAGUGGUGUGCGAGUACGAGCACAUGUGGACGAAAACCUUGGGAGAAAUGACCGCCAGUGUAACGCCCUACAGAGAGACCAUCAACACCUUGUCGGAGGCUAUGCAGGACUACACCAUCACCGCCGCCAAGCACGACAAAUCCUUGGAGUGGCUGCUGACCCGAUCUUCCACCGAGGACUUUAAUCUGCUGCUGUCCUUGUGCACGCCCAAUACGGACGAUCCCAUUAUCCUGGCUGCCAUUGCCUCCUUGAAACAGAUGCGAACCUUCUUGGCAGAGGCCCUCUACUCGAAACCGCCUUAUGCUGGGCUGCAGAAGUUCAUCGAGGAGCUGGCAAAGCUGAAGGUUGAUACUGCUGAGCAGCAAUGUUUGGAGUCGGUGCAGACGAGCUUUGAUCCGAUGUUGGAGCUGUUGACCACCCAUUCACGAACUCCUGGAGUGCAGGCGUGCUACGACCUCACGAAGAUUCAUCUCACAGGAACCUUCCACGUGACCUGCGCGUUGACGGAGAGCGGCCAGCUGAAAUGUCGGAUGCCGCCUGAGAGCGAGUUUGACUACGAGGCGUUGGCUGAGCUGCGGCGACAGCUGCUGAUGACCGACGUGCCCUAUGAGCUGGACGGAGCCAAAGAUCUCCCAGCGAUGUUGGACGUGUUGGUGGAGAAGCUGCAGUUGCUUGAGGAUUUCGGGCGGUGCACUAUGGAGCUGUACCGUCUAGGCCACUUCGCUUACCGCCUUAACGAUGAAGUGCUGGUGGUAUCACCCCAGGAUACGGUGGAGUCGGUGGCCAAGCGCUUGGAGGCUCAGCAGCACCAGCUGGAAGAUUGGCAACAGGCUGUCAGCGACGCCAGGAGCAAACACUACUUCCUGAACUACUACACCGUGCGUGAGCUCUGCUUCCUUUCCGAACUCCUUCCCCAUGUCGACAAGGAUGUAGAAUGGGGCAAAGUUUGGCCCUUGCUGCAGUGCGUUGAUCUGGAGGCGGAGGAGGCCAACACCCGGCAGAGAAUCCUGCUUCAACUGAAGCGUGAUUUGGCCCUCCUCAGAACGUCCAGUGGAGAGCCAGAUCGAGAGGUGAAAUUGCUGAAUGACGUGGGACAAAUGCUGGGAGACCUCUUCGAGGGAGCUGCGCCCCAAGUUCGUCCCUUACAGGGGCUGACGGAGGUGAAGCAACAGCUUCAGGGCGAUCUGCUGAUCCGUUCCAUGCAGAACAAGGAGCAAGGCACACCCAUCUUUGUCUGCUGUGCCGAUGAAGCCUGCAAGGUGACGGAGCUGGUGCUGUCGAUCUACACGCGCCGCGAGCGGGUGCCGGAAGCCGAGGAGUUGCUGCUCUGCUCCAGCCACACCACCUUGGAGGAGAUUGAAUUGCUACUGCGGCGCUUCUUCCACGCGAGGAAGCAUCAGCGAGAGGAUCGGCUCUACUGCGUUGGCAAUGUUCACCUGCUGCCGUAUGUGACCCAGUGUGGAACAGUGGAGGCCUUGAGGAAGAUGGAAGAACAGUUUGGUUUCGACCACGCUUCAGCUCUGGUUUUCGCCAGCGGCAUGCCCAACCAAAUGCUCACCAACGCCCUCAACAGGCACAAUCUGGCUGUCAGCAUCUUGCAGCAGGACCUGUUGAAGAAUGCGGUGGCCAUGGUAGGCGAGAAGUAUCACGGAAGACAGUUGGAGGCCGUCGCCGCGCAAAUGAACGGCGUGGGCAAGACGCACUACAUCCAUCGGCAAAUCGCCAAGCUCCAGGAAGAGCACGGAGGAAAAGCCUUGCUCCACCAUGUGGAGAUCAGGGAAACCACAGACAUCUCCGCGUUGGUGCAAAACCUGUUGAGCGACCCCACGGACCCACAGACCCCGACAGCGGUGCAUAUUGACUUGGCGCACAUCUUGCCGUCCCAUGUGGAUACCCUCCUCUUUGAGCUCUUGAUUGUGGGAAUGCUCCGGGAUACGCAUCUCUGCCGCGUGUACCACAGAAGGGCCAAGAAGGACUUCUUCUUCAUCGAGAUUCCCAACACUCCAGGUGAGAGCACUGCGAAGCAACUGUCCUUUUGCCUGAUAUUGCCUCGGGUCUACUUGAGCAUGACUCCAGACUGUUUGGAUGGAGAGAUGCCUGUCAUCAAGGAGGUGGAUGGCGCCCCAUUGAUCUCCUUUCAAAAGAACGAGCUGCUGGAAUUGGUGGGAAAGACUCUGGAGGCCAUGAGGAAAGAAGCCUUCAACCCCAAGUCCAGGCACUUCGACGUCACGUGGACGGGUGCUAAAGCAAAACCAAUCGAUCUCCCGCGCACCUACGAAUUGCUCGAAGAGGUCUGUAGCUCUGAAACCUCGCCACCGUCCUUCCUGGUCUUCAUGAACUUGGUCAAGUUCCUGGGGCAUUUGAUCAAGAGCGCAGAGGAGUGGAACAUGAUGAACUUGGCGCUGCUGCAAAACUUCGACCCAGGCUUGAAACACUUCAAGCAUUGCUUCUUCCGGCUGCUGAUCGAGACCUCUCGAGACUUUGCCCUGCGGCAAGUGCCAAAGGCGAUGGACACGACGUUUCCCUCCAUCCUUGCGCCUCCGACCCUGCCGCCCCAUUUGGGACGUGGGGUGAGUCGAGGUUCCGAUGGUGCCCCGCUGCCUCCGGAGCUGCUGCGAAAUCUCAGCGGCAUGAGCGGCGCGCCCACCCUCACCCGCAAGACCAGCGGACAGCGCGGAACGCCAUCCCUGCAGCGGCAGCAAAGUCGUGCGCAGCAGGAGAUAGCAGCACAGCACGAGGCAGACGCCAAAAUGGAGAAUACAGGAGUUGGAAGAAUCGAUGCCUCGGCUUACGUGGCACGCUUUGACCAGAUGCCUUCCUGGGAGAGCUGCAUCCAUCCUGUGGCCAACUUCAAGAAGAACGAUCGAGGUGCCAUCAUUGGCUGCAACAUCAUGAGCCUGCAAAGGGACUUCAUUGGCAAUUUCAUCGACAGGAGUUUGCAAAACUCGCUGAAUUUGAAUGACUUGAAACUCGACAGGGAUUGGUCCAAAGUUACGCACACAGAUGCUGUGGGGCUGGUGCAUCAGAUCGAAGGUGGUGCGUUGCUACAAAAGAAGGCCGUUUCGACCGACGUUGCGACGGUGGACAAUUUGAUCAAACUCAUGAGCAUCCAGCAGCGUUUGAAGUAUGGCCUGCCCGUGAUUCUCAUGGGCGAGACGGGCUGUGGAAAAACCGCGCUGGUGAAAUUCCUGGCGGACACCUUGGACUUCUCGCUCUUCACGUUGGACAUUCACGGUGGCAUCACGGAUGCCGCCAUCGUGAAGUUCCUGGAGGAUGCGAUUCAGAAGGCUGACGACGAGCGUGGAGUCUUGGUCUUUUUUGAUGAGAUCAAUGCAGCGAACUGCAUGGCACUCUUCAAGACAAUCAUCAUCGAUCGCAUGUACGGCAACAAAGUGAUCCCGGAAAAUGUUCGCAUCAUCUCCUGCUGCAAUCCCUACAGGAAACGGCGCAACAAGGAAUUGGAGGACGUGGCGUUGGUCUACAGCGCGGCAGCAGGUGAUGCUGCCAGUGGCAUCUCCGACCCCAUGAAGGAGUUGGUUUAUCGCGUGCAUCCGCUGCCCGAGAGUUUGAUCGACGUGGUCUCUGACUUCGGUUCCCUCUCCGAAGCUUCCGAGGAACUCCCCAACAAGGACGCGGAAGGUGCUGAGGAACGGCAAAAUCAGGCAGCGCAGGCUGGGCAGGUGCAGCCCCCCAUUGCGGAUGAGUAUGAGGUCUUUAUCAGCUCUUUCUGCGAGUUGCUGUGCCAAUCGCAAAACUAUGUGCGCGAGGUGAAUGAAGGCGAACGCAGUGUGGUGUCAAUGCGCGACAUCGGCCGUGCAGCCCGCGUCUUCAAAUGGUUUUUGACCUCCUAUUCCCGACUUCACGGUGAGAGCGCUUCGGCGGCCGUGAAGGACGAGAAGGACGGCACCUUGAAGAUCGAUGUGUGCGCCAAGCUUAGGGAACACUUGAGGAGAGCUUUGGUCCUCACCAUGGGCUACUGCUACCAUUCUCGGCUGAACCGCGACCAACGCUGGGGCUACCGCAAGAGGCUUUGUGAGACUUGGGAACGCCUGAGGAGCAAGGACGAUGGAGCCAUGGAGUGGUUGAAGCUGGCGGACGCCAAUGAGCUGAACAAAAUGCUCAUCGACACCUCCUAUGAGUUUGUGUCACAGAUGGAUCUGGGUGAGGGCAUCGCGCUGAACGAAGCGCUUAGAGAGAACCUCUUCAUGCUGCUCGUGAGCGUGAUGAACCAGAUUCCCAUUCUGCUCAUCGGCAAGCCAGGUUGUUCCAAGAGUUUGGCCAUGGGCGUGUUGCAGAACAACCUCAACGGCGAGGUUUCCAGCCGAGAUUUCUUCAAGUCGAUGCCGGCCGUGGACGUCUUCGCCUACCAGUGUUCGCCCCUCUCCACGCCCGACGCCAUCCUGAACGCCUUCCAUUCGGCGCGCCAGUCCAACCUCGGACACAAGAGCACCAUCGUCUGCGUGCUCCUCGAUGAAGUGGGUCUGGCAGAAGAGUCGCCACACCUGCCGCUGAAGGUGUUGCACAAAGAGCUCGAGGAUUUGCGGGGGAUCGCCUGUGUGGGCAUCUCCAACUGGGCCUUGGAUGCCGCCAAGAUGAGCCGUUGCGUGACGCUGUAUCGACCGCCGCCCACGGUGGCGGAUCUGAGCGUCACGGCGCAGGGCAUGGUCCAGUCGGAGAACUUGAAGUCCUACUUGAAGGCUUUGUCCCAAGGAUUUGCAGAGAUCUACAAGCGCCAGAAGCGUCCCGACUUCUGGGGCAUGCGCGAAUUCUACAGCACGGUGCGCGUGAUCAACGCGGAGCUGAAGAUCCGCGCGGCCGCCGGAUUGGAGGCGGUGCUCGAGGAGAAGGUGUUGAUGAAGACGGUCCAAAGAAACUUCGGAGGGCAACCUGAAGACCAACUGGAGGCUUGCAUCGAAGAGUUCUUCGAGCGCACUGGAAUGGACUUUGGCGACGUGGAGCGCCUGACCACGCAGGAGCUCAUUAAGCAGAAUCUGGAGGAGCCAGAUGCCAGGCACCUGAUGCUCUUGACCAAGAACAACGCCGCCUUGCGGCUACUCUUCGAGGGGGGGCUGUUGGACCACAGCCGUGCCGAGGUGAUGUUUGGAAGUACCUUCCCCAACGACCUCAGUGACAUGUUUGUGGCCAUGAACCUGCAAAGAAUCAAGAGCUACAUGCAGCAGCCGGUCUCCUUGGUCAUGGUGCAUUGCGACUCCCUUUAUGAGUCUUUGUACGACCUGCUGAACCAGCACUACAUGGAGUAUGCGGGCCAAAGAUAUGUGAGAAUCGCCCACGGCUCCAAAGCCAAGCAGUGCCCAAUUCACAAGCUCUUCAGGGUCAUCGUGGUAACCGAGCUGAGUGAUGCCUACUUCCGUUUGGCUCCGCCUCUGCUGAACCGCUUUGAGAAGCAGAUCUUCCUGCGAAAGGACUUGAUGACCAAGGCGGACGAGGCACUGCUGGCGCGCGUGAACAAGUUCUGGCACACGCUCUGCGAGCUGAUGAGCGCUGGCAAGACCGUGAAGGACGACGACGCUUUGGAGGAGGCCAUGGAACGUCCGGGCACCAUGCUGAACACCCAGUCGCACCGACCCAUCGCAGGCUACCACCCCGAACUGCUGAGUUCGCUGGUUUUCACCUUGCGGAAGAGCCACCUCGACAAAUCCUUGGACGAGUUGGCUGAGAUGUCCAAGAGGGCUUUGACAUGGGUCUUGACCCCAGAAGCGGUCUGCAUCACGGCUGCCACACUUCAGCCGAAGGAGAUGCACAUGAAAUUCGGUUUCGAUAUCGUGAGUGAAUACUUUGAGAAGCAGAGGCAUUCGGACCUGCCAUCCUUUGCCGAAAUGACCGUGGAGAACAAGGACUUCUGGUGCGAUGAGUAUGGAGGUCAGACAAUGGUGAUGACCUACAGUCCGAUCCGGGGCAAGGUGGGUGGUGAGCUUGGCAAGGUGACUGGUCUGGUGGCGCGAGCCGAAGUGUCGCUGCACGAACUCUCCUCCUCCACGGACAUUGAGAAGGCCGUGCACGACUUCUACAACUUGCAAGACACCUCGGGUACCAAGAACUUCUUGAUCAUCCAUGCCGAUCCCGUGGCCGCCUCGGUGCGAAUGAUUGAGCACUGCCGCUUUGUGUGCGAAAAGGCACGCAACAGCUUCUGCCAAAAGGGCAAGGGAACACCUGGGAGCAUGUUCGUUGUGCUGGUGGUCCACCUUCAACGAGGCUACGACGGCAAGUUCUCCUUCGACUUCGACUCCCAGUGGUCCGCGGUCUUUUUGGACUCCGUGGAACCCUCCGCAGAUCUGAGCUCCAUGCCGUCCCUGGGGGCAAUGCUCAACAUGCCACUGAUCGAAGUUGUGCAGGGCCUGGAGUUCCCCAAGUUGCUCCGCAGCUGCUUCCGUUCCUCCCUGUCGCGACUCAUGUAUCCACACAGUCGACGCCCCGACGAUUUGCAGAGACAGAUCCAACUGAUGUUGAAAUAUAUCGAAGAUGCCGAUUUCGUGAAAAUGGUCCGCGACUGGGUGCUACACAUCCUGCAGCACACCCCGAAGAACCGCGCCAACCCAUCCGAGGGCUCUGUGGGUGACGACAGGUGGGACACGACUGGAUCGUGCCAGUGCACCAACUUAUCUUUUAGACCUUUUAGAUGUUUUGAUAUCUUUUUAUGA